GUAAGUAAGAACACCUAUCGCGGAUUGGACGAGGUGAAAAUCAUUUACGAGUGCCAUUUCUGUGUUCUUCUACCAAAACAUCUUCUCGUGGAUUGAAAGACAUGCAAGAGUGCCUCGUUUCGUAUCAAAAUAAUAAAUCCAUGCAUCGUUGGAAAAGUUGAAAAGAAAGGAUUUUGCAAUUUUGUAACUCAAGUGAAUCAAAUGUGGUUUCAUUAAAAAAUAAUAUCGUUUCGAAUGAACUGUUCGCCAAAGAUCAGUCAUUUUCGAAUCAGAAAGUGAACGUAGGGCUAGAUUUAUCUAAGUGCAAGACUAUUCCCGUGAAAUUUCAAGGAAUUUUCCAUCAAAACGGAAAAUUUGGAAAAUGGCAAACGGAUACGACGAAUGCUAUGACGCCUCCUGGCAUCUGUUCCCUCCGGACUACGUCGAGGACGAGUACAGAAUACUGGAGAGCAUCAAGAUGCCUAGGACAAGUUUUCACAUCCAUGACAUCCUGCAGUUGGACUCCAAACCGUCGCAGGAAGAGACAGAAGUCCAAGGCAGCACGACGGUUUUACCGACGACGAACGACGUACCGUCGGCGUACCAACAAUUUUUCGAGCACACGACGGCUAUGUUGCAACCCGCGAUAUACGCGAAUUUAAACAGGGGUACGUUACCCCCUCCGCCACCUGGAUUAUUAGGCUGGCCCACCGGUCCAACCUUACCCACCACCCUACCUCAACCCUUGGAGGAAGUAAAUGUGCUGCAGCAGCCGGACUCGACCAGCCCGACCAUCUCGGACCUAUCGUUCCCACCGAAACAGGAGACCAACCACGACUGCAAGGAAGAGGAAUCGGCCGACUUCGAGGACGAGCAACAGACGAACGAGACUCAACCACACGAGACCGAGCACAAGAAGAGGAAGAGACGGGUGCUGUUCUCCAAGGCGCAAACCUUCGAGCUGGAGAGACGUUUCCGUCAACAGAGAUACCUGAGCGCGCCGGAGAGAGAACACCUGGCGUCGAUCAUUCGACUGACACCAACCCAGGUGAAAAUCUGGUUCCAGAAUCACAGGUACAAGACGAAGAGAGCCGCUACCGAGAGGGUAGAAGCUGGCGCAAGCGGAUGCUCGCCGAGAAGAGUCGCUGUACCGUUGCUGAUCAAAGAUGGAAAACCGUGUCAGUCGAAGUUGAUGGAACCAGCCAGUUAUCCCAGCGCCGGACAAGUACCCAUGCCACCGUACAUGCAGAAACCAUAUUGGUGGUAAACAUGGGUGAAAUGGGUGAAAUUUUCUGGCAAGAUUUCGUCGAGGAUCGUGCUGAUUUUGUGAAGUAAAUUAUUCGGAAGCUUGUGAACUUCGACGAGGGUGUUGGGUUUUGUGAUAUUUGUGAAAUAUUGCCGAUGAUGAUACCGAUGGAUUUGUGAACCAGUGUGAUCGAUAUGGAUCAGAUGAUUUUGAAAGAAAACUAGAAAAUUCGUGAACGAUGAUCAUAGUGAUUAAUCCUCGUUAUAAAAAUCAAUAAUUCCUAAUUGAUUCAUAAUAAGAGUGUUAAGAAUCAAACGUAUUAUUAGCAUAGAUGUCCAUACGGUGAAGAUAGAUUCUUGAAGAAUGUUAAAAACAAGUAAUCGUUUGUGAAAAAUGAUCACGUUGUUGUUUAGGGUAACGAAAUAUACUGCCAGUCGAUGACCAACGACCAUCUAGAUGCGUUUUAAUCAACGAGGCACAACGUAAAUGUAAUUCGAUGAACUUUUGUGAAAAGAAAGUAUCAUCAGAGUGAAAUGAUUAAUACACGUUGUAUCUCGAAUUUAACGUGGACACUUUUAGGGUUGAAACCAAAGAUAGCGAUCUGUGUUGAAUUCGAUCAACAUAUUCCAUUUACAAAUAAACGAAAUAUUUCUGUGAAUAUUAUGGAAGAUUAAAGAUUUUAUUCCUUUCGAUGAAUCUUGCUAAUAUCAGAAGUGUGUAUAUAUUAAAUAUUCUUCAUUUUCUCAUUGUAAUAAGGAUAAAUAAGCAGAAUCCUUAGAUUCUCUCUUUUCUUUUCCUUCUUUUACAACUCAAAUCUUCUGACUAUUCAUUGUAAAAAUUCUAGUGUUUUUUACAUAUUAUUGCACUUCGAUGAUCCAUCAGACGAUUGUUUGAACAGAUUAGAUAAUUGAUCCAUCGAAUGGAGAAAACAAGCAAACGCAAUGUGAUUGUAUAGAAAAUAGUGAAAUGUGUGAACAGUCUGUUAAGAGAUCCCAGUUUAUCGCCUUUAAUUAGGUAGAAUGUAAUUAUAUUGAUAGGUUGUAUAUAUGUAAAUUGUGUAUAAUACAUAGUAGUCUAAUAUAUCAG